CAACAACAUUUUGGUGAGUUUGUCUAUCGCCGACGGCUUAAUAGCGAUUCCCUUGAUUCUUGAUAUCAUUUUGUAUAAUGUUGGAAAUCGUUCACUUUUUUGUAAUUUAAAAGAAGUAAGCGGAACUAUCACCUUGUUCCUCCUUUCGGUCAUUGUUCUUCAUCUCAGCUUAAUGAGUUCAGAACGUUUCAUCGCCAUCAAGUUCGCUUUAAGAUACCAGGCCAUAGUGACCAAACGCCGAGCACGGAUCGUUUCCAUCGCGGUGUGGCUGUGGGCUCUGGUCAUUGUUAUUGCUCUUCCAUGGACGCUUUAUGGGACAACAGGCCACAAAGAUUACAGAGAAUUUCACAUAGAGAUGCAUCCAGAUAAUGAUAAAGCCAAAGAGCUUCACAUCAGAUGGCAUCUUGUAUUGACAGCUGCGUCAAUGUUUCUUGUUCCCCUGUUGAUCAUGAUAUGCUCGUACACCUACAUCUUCAUAGUGUCCCACAAGCAGAGACAACGUGUCAGAAAACAGGGCCGCGACUUUCCAGGAAUGCCAACUAUCAAGCACGAAAUGAAAGGCGCCCGAACUCUCGCCAUUGUUGUGGCGCUGUGUCUGCUCAGUAUCAUUCCUAUCCUUGUUGUGACAUCCCUCCGAGUUUUCUGGAGCACAUUACUCGCAGGCCACCAUCAAAAGUUACUGCAGCAUAUCGUUUAUAAGGUGGCCAUGCUUUUGAACGCUGCAUGCAAUCCUCUUACCUAUGGAUGGAGAAAUGAGGAAUUCAGAAACGCUUUUCGCAAGAUGCUAAAGUGCUGCUAAGCGAGUUUAGCGCAUGAACGCCGUCAGGUAUUGUAGGCCAUAUCCAAGAUUUACUAUUCUUUUCUAUAGAGCAAAUUGGCUAAGUAUCGGGUAACAGACGAUACCAAACUCUCUUUGCAAGCCACUGAGAACAGCUCAAUUUGGUUUGUACCUUUUCUCUCUUGUCUGCUAAAUUACUAGACUCAAAUAAAGAGCCCUACGUAGGAACUGUAAUAACAUAGCGGCGCGAAUGUAAGUUGGUCAAAUUUUGUAACGAGUUUCAUUUUGAGUAAAAAAAGACUCUGUUCUAUGAAUAAGACCUUU